ACCGGCGAGAUGAAAGAAGGAGAUAACCGCUGCGCUCUGCGCCUGUGGGAGGAGUGUUUGCACCUGCGGACACAGCCACAUCGCUGCCUUGCUUAGCGGCAGACUACAGCUUUUUGCCCACUAACAGGACUCACAAAGCGGAUACCUUAGCCAUGGAUGCAGAGGAGAAAUCCCCCGCAGACCCGGGGAUGCAGCCCCUGGACACCAGCUCCAACUUGCCCCCUCCUGAGCCCAAAGGUGCGGAGGAGACCGGCCAGCCGCAGAAGCCGCCUUAUUCAUAUGUGGCUCUCAUCGCCAUGGCCAUCAAGGACAGACAAGACAAGAGACAAACCCUGGGCGGAAUAUACGACUACAUCAUCUCCAAGUUCCCCUACUAUGAGAAAAAUAAAAAAGGCUGGCAAAAUAGCAUUCGGCAUAAUUUGUCUCUCAAUGAGUGUUUCGUCAAGGUGCCCAGGGAGACCGGAGGGGACAGGAAAGGCAACUACUGGAUGCUGGACCCCGCAUUUGAGGACAUGUUUGACAAAGGGAAUUACCGGCGGCGGAGGAGGGUGAGGAGACCCUACAGACCCCCUAGCGUGCCUUACCUGUCCGGGAACCCCGCGGACUAUCCCGAGCCACUCUACAUCCAGCCUUACAUGAGCAGCUCCUGGAGUCUGUGCCAGCCCAGCUCGUCCCAGCCGAACGGAUACCCAACACCCCAGGUCAUCCCUGGUCACACCCGCAGCGUGUCCCCCAGCGGCCCGGUGAGCUCGUACUGCCCGCCCCCCCACUUCCACCACUCUCCGUACGGCGCUUACCACCGCCACCCGCCGGUGCUGGUGCCCCACAACGGGUGUCCCUACGGCGGAGUGACCCAGCCGGUGAGCCCCGACGGAGGCACCGUGUCCGUGGCGUGUAACUACCAGCAGUUCACCUCCUAUGCGAGGCAAGCGGAGGCGCCUCUUGCUCACUCUUAUGACCUGUAGGGGUUUAAGCUGUACUAACCAUUGACAGCCAGUUCAGAGACUCGAAGUUCAUCUGUUUCACCAUUUCAGUUCAGCUGUCAUAAGUUUGUCAGGUAAAGCUAGCCUAGCUUAAUUGUUUUGUAGGCGAGUUUGGUAAGGUGUAAAGUUGUUGACAAGUGAUUAACUGUUAAAUAAGCUGUUUGUUAACUUUUUUUUUAUUGAUGUGCUAGUUUCAAAUGCCAAGGAAUUUAUUGUCAGUAGCCUCAUUGAGUUGCUUCAGAAAUGGCACCGACGUGAACUGCAGGUUGACAGCUGAUUUAAAUCGAAAGCUUAGUUUAGUCCAUGUCUCUUUUAAUAGAGAAUUAUUUUGCAACCAGAUAAACUUUUGUUUUAUUUUUUAUUUUUUAAAAACAUUUUUUCUUUACAUUUCUUAUUUCUAUCCUUUUUCAUUAUGCCAAUACAUUUGUAACUAGGUUAUUUAUUUAUUUUCUCUGGUUUUAUCCCCUCCCCGAGCUGCUAUGCAACAGUUGGUGACA